AUGGACUCUUCGCCGCAGAAAUUUGGCUCGCAGCUGUUCACCGAGUCGAUUGAACAGCAGGCUGAGCGGACGCCGAGGCCAUCGCUUCUGCCCGCAUUUGAGGAAUCGUCACCGUUUCCCCGACCCAACCUUUCGAAGCGCAAAUUCGAAGACGACUCCCCCCCGUUCCCCAAGCAGCAGCUCAAGUACUACCCCACCCCCGUGCCCACUUCAUCGACGGGCAUCCUGCACUCGUCGUCGCCCCAGAACGCCCGCUCGGGCAUCCUGCAUCGCACCGUGUCGGCUCUUUCCGAGCGGACUCCACUAGGAGCCGUGCCCACCGUGAACCUCCCAGCAGACGGCGAAAUCGUGCGCAUGGGCAGGUCCUCUAACUCUGCCGAUUACCAGCUGUCCACCAACCGUCUCAUCUCCCGCGUCCAUGUCCAAGCCGCCUAUCACGCCCCCACGGCACAUUACCCGAGCGGGAACAUCGAGGUCGAGUGUCUGGGAUGGAACGGCGCCAAGAUCCACUGCAGAGGCUGCGUUUUCGAGCUGAACAAGGGGGACACGUACAUGUCGGAGAAUCCAGAGAUUGAGAUUUUGUUAGAUGUUCAGGACACCCGCGUCAUAAUCGCUUGGCCAUCCGUCGCUGCCCGGAAGCUGUCGUGGGACUCGGAAGAGGAGGGUAUGCCCACGCCUACUCGUCGCACUUACCAGGAAGCCUUUAACUCGAGCCCUCCCGCCAUCCCUCGAUCGCCCGUGUCCCAGAGCCCCAUCCGUCAGCCCCUCUUUAGUCAGCCUGUCUUUACCGGGCAUGGGCUAACUGCCCCGUCCGUGCCCGUUCAAGUCUUCGAGGACGUUGAUGUUCAGGAAGAGGCCCCAAUCAAGAGCAGCCCAGACUCUGCUGAGAGAACCUUUAUCCGACCUGACAUCCCGUAUUCUGCGAUCAGUCCCGAGUCACCCGCCAUUGAAACCAAGGCCAGCAUCCUGUCGUCCUUUACUAAUGAUGACUACUCCGACGGCGACGAAGAGAACGACCCUGUUGUCCACUCCUUUGGUCCCUUUGGUCAGAACCUUGUCAAUGGGCUGGCUUCCUUCUCUACAGCUCUGCCUGGCCUGUCUAAUAGCCCGCGGCCUCCUCGUGUCCCAUUGAUGUCGCCGUCUCCAAAACGUCCGUGCACCGAGGGUUUGAGUUUCAAAGAAUCCCCAAUCAAGAACCACGUCAUCAACCAGCUGGCCUUUUCCCGUAUUCAUGCCCAGCCUUUGUCAGCUAUUCACAGCAACCUCCCAUCCGAGCUCAAGAUCUCCGUCAUCAAGAGCAGCAAAGGGAAGGAUACAGGAGAUGGCGAAACCUCAACUGCUCAGCUUACGCACCAGGACCUCAAGAAGAUUCUGGACGAUACUCCCUGCGUUGGUGAGAUUCCUCGUGCUGGCAAAGACGCCGCGGGCAAGCCUCUCGAGAACGAGUUUUACUACGUUCCGGAGAUGGACAGCAACCAGAUGAGGCGAGAGACAAUCACUGCUGGCAUGCGUAGCACAGGCCUCCGCACUGUGAGGAGGACACAUAAGCAAUAUUACUGGAAGAAGCCGCGUGUGUGA